AUGCUGUCCUCUCGCGCCGCAGCGGGGGGCGACCCGACCGAAGUGUCCGAGACAGCACAGGCACUUCUCAAGGCGCACUAUGGUCGUCUGCGCACCGCCACCCACUCAUCCGACCGCACCGUGCUGGCGAGACUCGAGAGUGCCGCUGCAAACCUCGAGCGCAUCUGCCUGCAGCUCGACAACAUCCAGGUGGCGCACGAGCUGCGAUCGGGUCAGUCAUCCGCACAGCAUGCCUCGCGCAUCCUGCAGCCGCUGGGUGCACUUGCAUUCUGGCCCGCACAGCUGCAUCUCAAAGACGCAGGCGUGUUUGUCCGACAGGAUGUGGCGGGCCUAUCGAUAACAGACCAGCUUGCGCUCGAGGAUGCUGCACUAGCAACGCUCACUCGACCAGCCGGGAAAGAGCGCAUCACCAGCUCGGUCAGGCUCAGCGAACCGAGCCGGACGAUUGAGGUGGCGUACGUCAAGACAUCCAUCAAGGACGCGCAGAGCCACCUGCAGACACGUCGGAGUCGCUUCCUCAAGCAUGCUGCCCAGCUGCGCGAUCGCAUCGCACCAGACAGCGGAAGAAAGCAAGACGAGGUACAACCAAAGGACAUGCACAUGGUCAACGAUCAGAACCAGGCGCUCAACGAGGAAGGCCUGCCGUUCUUUGAGCCGAUCGAAAAAGUGUCGGACGAAGAGGCGGCGCAAAAGAAGGAGGCGUAUAUGCAGCCGUUUGUGCGCGACAACGACGAGCGCGCCGCCGACAAGGACAAGCGCAGGCUCUGGCUCGAGCAGACUCUCAGCAAGCUCGAACAGGAAGAAGAGCAAGAGGAAGAGGAAGAGGAACACGACGAUGCCGAUGCUGCUGCCCAGCCAAGUACCUCCGCCGCAGACUCAAGUGCGCCCGCUACACGGAAAGACGAGGCAAUCGACGCCGCGGAAGAGACACGCGUGGUGCUGCGCACUCGAACGCCCAGUCCGCCGCCUUCGCCCGAAGACCAAGCCCACGCCAAGUCGCUGCCCGAGAUCGUGUCGGCCGCGCGACCACCGCCUGCCAAGUCGGCGCUCAAGAUGGGUCUGGCGCGGCCGCCGAUCAACCAACGUCCGUCGUUCGGGGCUUCGGGCAUCCGUCACGGAUUCCUCAACCUCAACCCGUCCAGUCCUGGCGCCAUCAAGAGCUCGUACUCGUGGGAAGACCUCGAGAAGGAGGACGGCCAAGAAAGGCCGUCGCGCAGCCACACACCCACUCCGCUCAGCCGCACCAGCAGCACGGCCGAAACGUCGCUCCUGGGUCGUGUCACCGAUGCUGCAUCCAGCCCACUGACGAGCGGCACAAGCACGCCCACCAAGAAGAGCGUGCGCAUCAAGUCGCCCGAGCGCGCCCAUCCCGAAGCUUCGGCGCGCUCGGGCCUGACACCGCUCCAGCGCGCGCUGAGAUCGAGCAUCCGCGUCAAGGAGAACUACGCCGACGCCACUCCAGAGCCAUCGACAGCGGCGGACGCGGCUUCCGCACGUGUGGAUUCGGGAUCCGGCACCGCCGAGAAGCGACAUCGCGACGAUGUGGGUGUCGAGGAGGAGGCGGAGCGCAUCGUCGCGCUGCUCGGACCCGAUGUGGUCGAGGGCCAUCCGAGCGCCCCGCCCACGGACGUGCUGAGGCAGAUGCAGCAGGCUCACGAGGAGGACAAGCGCCUCUCGACGCCCGAGGCCGUCGCAGCGCGGCAGAAGCACGAAGAAGAGCAGCGCGAAAAGGAGCGCAUGCAGCGGCUGGCGGAAAAGCCUGCUCUCGGACAUGCGGUCAUGGAGCGUCCCAAAGCCACGGGUGGCGCAGCUGAGGUGAAGAGCGCCGCGAAUGGAGCCACCAAGUUCAGCGCGUUCAAAAAGGGGUUCCUCAGCCAGAAGCCUAAGUUUGUGCCCAACGCACCGGGGCCGAGAGUGCCGACGGCGCCGACCGAGUCGCUGGGCAUGUCGGCGCUCGAUCGCGCAUCGAUGGGCGACGACGAGCUGAGCGCGCGCAGGCAGGCCAUGGGCUUGCCCGCCGCAGUGCCGCACGCAAGGCCGUCCAAGGCGUAUGCGGAGAAGAUGCGGCAGCGCCAAGAGGGACGCGUAGAGCAAGAGGCAUCCAGCCCAGGCGAGGGUGGGGGCAAGGUUGCGCUCGCCAGGCCGGUAGAUGGCGACGACGUGCCGCGUCCGGGUCGCGUCCGCUUUGGACCUCCCGCAUCGCAACAGGAUCACGACGAGCAAGACGCGGAUGAUGGAGUGGUGGAAAUCAACCCGGCCGCUCAGCUGGACAAUCAUCUCCCGGCCGAGGUCGAUGAUGGCCGCGAGCUGGACGAGGAGCAGGAGGAUCCCAAGAUCGAGGGCGAGGGCGCGGACGCCGACUCGGAAGACGAGUACUUUGACUCGUACCUCUCGCAACGCUCGCGAAGCGCGGCAGCCGCCGAUAAGGACUGGGACAUGGACGAUGACUUCGACGAUGACGAGGACGAGUACGACUACGACGCGGACGAUCUCAUGGCGCUGGCCCCUUCGAUGGGCGGCGACGCGGAUGGGCUGGCGUCGCAUCCGGACCUCAUGAAGGAGUACGAGCAGGCGCGCGCCAAGCUCGCUGCCAUGGGCCUGGCUAUGCCCGGCUCGAGCGGUGCUGGCAACAGCAGCGCUGCAGUGCUGCCGGCCGACGAGUCGGACGACGACUACGAGGACGACGUGGUGCCGCUCGAUGCUGCGAUGGAAGAUCCCGAGUACCAAGGCAACACUGUCAGCGACGCCUCUGGCCGCUCGCGCAUCUCGCGCUUCAAGGCGUCCCUCCAGCAACGCUCCGCCUCUGCGGCUGGGGCAUCCCAGAAGUUGGAGGACCUGCUGUCGUCCGCGCAGAACCUCGGCGACGGCCGAGCUGCCGAUGGCGCCGCCUCGGCGUCGGCUGCAUUUGGCAUGGACGGCUUCGCUGGUCCCGCGGAUAAAGGGCCGGUGAUGCUCAUCCCGCAGCUUGCGCCUGUGCGCUUCCCCAAGGACGGCGACCUUGUCGAGGGCGGUGUGACGGGCCCUGUGGCGCUCGGCGGUGCGGACAGCGACGACGACGACGAAAAGGCCGAGAUGGUGAUGCGCAGCCGGCUCGAGCGGCGCGAGUGGAAGCAGAACAAUCCCGACCAGGCGCGUCGAGAGAAGGAGAACCGCCACAACCGCGAAAUGGUCGAGCAGGGACUUGCACCGCCCUCGGUUGCACCGCGUCGGCAAGCGGAGAAGACCUACGAGCCAGCUGGAGCCGAGGACGGAGGAUCGCAGACGGAAGAGCAACAGCAUCCAAAACCAAAGAAGGUGAGCAGGUUCAAGGCCGCUCGUCAGGCACAGUAG